AUGCUUGUUUACUGCGAUCACUCUAUAAAUAUGUUUGAUAUUUCACAUCCUAUAAUUCCAGUAAGUAUCGACCUUAAUGGAGUUACAGUUUCUUCAAUGGAUAUUCACCCGAAACAAAAGAAGCUUUAUUUUGUUGCAAAUGACAAGAAAAUUUACGAAUACAACUUCAUUUCGAAAGUUAUUGUUUCAAAAGAAAUGCCAAUGGAGAAUCUUACCAAGAUUAAACUUUCACCAAACGGAAAUUACGCAGUCAUAUCUGAUGAUACGCAAAAAAUUGCAUUGUUUGACAUAUCGAAAUUCCCAGAAGUAAAACUUAUUGGCUCUCAUAAGGGACAUAGACAUACCAUUACUGCAGUAGCAUGUUCAGAAGAACCACUUGCUUAUUUUGGUGGCGAUGAAUUAGGCAAAAUCAGUAAAUUCUAUUUCAAAAUAGAUAGUAAAGUAGGAAUUUUACCAAGUUGGACAUCAAAAAACGGUCGAGUUAAUGACAUAAAAUAUGAUGAAACAAAAAACGCACUUAUAAUUGCAACAAAUCUCGGAAUUUGGAUACACGACAUAUCAAGAGCUCAUACAGAAAGCUGUGCGACUAAAGAUGAUAUUCCACUCACAAUUACUUGUUCUCCACAAUUAAGUCAGACAUUUGCUGUUGGUUUUCAGAGUGGUAACUUCAAUGUAUACGAAAAGACAGACUUCACUCUUCGCAGUACCAGAAACUUUACAGGACCAAUUGUUUCCGCUUGUUAUGAUCAGAGUUGUGAAUAUGUUGCAAUUGGAGUAAAAGAUGAAGCAAUAUAUUGUAUUCAACAGGAUCCGGAGAAAGUAAUGCAGUUUGGUACAAGCCAGCAAUCUACAUGCCCUAUUGCUUUUGCACAGCUUGAUGAAACACUUCCAACAAGAAAUGGAGUUGAUGUCGCAUCAAUUGCAGCAUCAAUACAAAAGAAAGCGGAAGAAACAGGGAAAAUGGUAUUCACAGAAGAAAGAACAACAACUACAACAACUGUAACAAAAACAAAACCUUUUCCUGAUUUUAGACCUGAUGAAAUUGAAACAAAAGUUAUAAGUCAAGAACCAACAAAAACAGAAACAAAGCGUUUUAUAACCAGAAGAAAACAAAUUGUUGAGAAAAACGUUGAUACAAAUAUCAACAUGGAAAAACUUGAAGAGAAAUCAGAAACAACACAGAUACAAGAGCCACAGAUAUCAGAAACAAGCAUAACAGUUGAUGAUUUGACAAAACAAAAGGCACAAGAGAAGAAGAUUCAAGAUAUUGCUCAAACACCUCCUAGAAUUCCUUCAUCACCAAAAUUUAAUAUACAAGAGCCAGAUUUCACCAAUAAUAAGCCAGAAGAAAAGCCAGAAAAGAAAUCAGAUAAAAAUCAGAAAAAUCCGGAAUCUGAAGUAUAUUCUUUCGUUUCUGAUUCCGGAUCAGAUGAUCAAAAUAGCAAACCUGAAGUUGCAGAACUUAAAAACUUCAUGCGCGGAUGUUUUGAAAAUAUGAGUCAACAAAUGAACACUAUAUAUAUGGAUCUUCUUUGUAAACUUAAGAAUCUGGACGAUAGAGUAUCAAAAAUUGAAAAAUCACUUGGAACAAAGAAAUAA